GAGAGAGAGCGACAGAGGGGGAGGUUGGUUCCUGAUACCGAGACACGGAAAAGCAGGGGAGGGAGAAUUACAGAAAAAGACGAGCGAGGAGAGAGGGAGAGCGCGACCAGGAGGAAUUACACUGACGGACACGCGCUCUUCGCGGGAGUCAAACUGACAUUUUUGACGCGCUAACUCUCGCUAACCUGUCAAGACCAAAAUAUUGGAUCUCCACAGCAGCGAAAUCGCGCUAACCCAGAACUCAUGGGUUAACAGACUUUCUUCAUGAGAAGCAGCCACCCAUUAGUCCAAUGAAUAACCGGAAGGAAGACAUGGAGAUCACGUCGCACUACCGGCAGCUCCUGCGAGAGCUGAACGAGCAGCGGCAGCACGGCAUCCUGUGCGACGUGUGUGUGAUCGUGGAAGGCAAGAUCUUCAAAGCGCACAAGAACGUGUUGCUUGGCAGCAGCCGCUACUUCAAGACACUUUACUGCCAGGUAAAGAAGGGUUCGGAACAGCAGGCCACCAUUACGCACCUGGAUAUCGUCACGGCCCAGGGCUUCAAAACAAUCCUUGACUUCAUGUAUUCGGCCCACCUGGCGCUCACGAGCAAGAACGUCAUUGAGGUGAUGUCAGCCGCCAGCUACCUGCAGAUGACCGACAUUGUGCAAGCAUGCCACGGCUUCAUUAAAGCGGCACUGGACAUCAGUAUUCGGUCUGAGCUUGCGGACGAACUGGUGGAUAUCGAAAUGGGCAACGUGGUGAGUUCUAUCGGAGCCGGGGCUGGGCCUGGUAUGGGCGGAGCCUCUGAGGCAUUGGCGUCCAUGAUCUCGGCGCGCAGCUCCUCGCCGUGGUUGGCCAGGCGCACCAGCCCGGCAAACUCAUCUGGAGACUCGGCCAUCGCUAGCUGCCAUGAAGGUAGUAGCAAUUACGGCAAAGAGGAUCAGGAACCCAAAAGCAACGAAAGCCAGGAGGACGUUUGUUUGCAGCCCUUGUGGCCUGCCGAUUACCGUUCGGUCCAGGUCAAAGAGGAGCAGGUCUCCCCCUCUAAUCUGCUAGACGGGGCUGGCCGAGGCUCACAGGGGACACCUGGAGAGCAAGGUGGCAGGGGGGAAGGGGGCUGGCAACCCCCUGGCUCAGGUCGAAGGAAGAACCGGAAGAACAAGGACACAGUCAGGCACAUAACCCAACAGAAUGAAGGAGACAGUCGGGCAGCAUCGCCUCUACAGUCCAUGCUGUCCAACCCUGGCUGGAGCUACAGCAACCACAACAUUUCAGGUAGGCCUGAUGUUGGAGAAUUGGAUAGAGCAGAACAGUGA